AUGGAUGCAGAUCCAGAAAAACAGGACAGCAAUGGCAACGUCACGAGCAGCGACUCCAGCGAGAAUGUCGUUCCCAAAGAGGCAUCUCCUCGUCCGAUUCAUGGAUGGAAGGUCGCCGACAUUCAACCGGUCAUCCUCGAUUUGUUCGGUGAGGUGUCGCUUCUUCCCUGGAUCGGCGUCGGGUUUGCGCUCGGCACUAUGUGCGUCCUGCCAUGGGGCAAGGUAUACGGGGUCUUCAACGUCAAAUACGUCUAUCUGUUCAAUAUCGCACUCUUUGAAAUCGGAAGUGCAGUGUGCGGCGCCGCUCCGAAUAUGACUGCCCUUGUGGUCGGCCGUGUCAUUGCUGGCGUGGGCGGAUCUGGGAUGUACUCGGGGACGCUGAGUUUUGUGGCCAUGUUGACCUCGUUGAAAGAGCGACCAAUCUAUAUGGCUGGGAGCACCGUCAUCUGGGGAAUUGGAAGUGUUCUUGGUCCAGUGGUCGGCGGUGCGUUUGCAGAUAGUUCGGCGACCUGGCGAUGGGCCUUCUACAUCAAUCUUCCCAUCGGAGCUGCCUUCGCCCCAUCCUAUCUCUUCCUGGUCCCCAGCGUGGACCCAAAGCCAGGCAAAACUUUUGCAGAAAAGUGUCGUAUGGUAGACUGGAUCAUGACGACGACGUUUCUUGCCGGAUCUGCCUGUCUGGUAAUGGCGAUCACGUUUGGUGGCACGCUGUAUGCGUGGAGCUCCGGCAAUGAGAUUGCGCUCUGGGUUGUCGCGGGUGUCCUUCUCAUUGUCUGUAUUAUCGUCGCCAAAUUGCAUCCAGGCGUGGAUAAGGACUAUCGGCUCUAUCCAGCACAUUUCCUGCGGCGGCCGAUCCUGAUCAACCUCCAGGUGCAGAUGUUCUUAGUGUCCGGUAUUGUGCUGGCAAUGACUUACUAUAUUCCACUGUUCUUCCAGUUUAUCCGGGGAGACGGUCCAUUGGAUGCAGGCGUACGACUCCUCCCUUUCAUCAUCUCCAUGGUCGUCUUCGCCAUGGCCAACGGAGCACUAAUGCCAAAACUGCCAUAUAUCCUCCCAUGGCAUCUAUUCGGCAGUGCACUGGUCGUCGUCGGAACAGCACUGUUGUACACCGCGGACCUCAACACGUCCAACGCGAAGAUCUAUGGAUAUUGUAUCCUCGUCGGUGCCGGAUCAGGGUGCUAUGUGGUCGCCGGGUUCCCUGUGGUGCAGUCCCUGGUUGACCUCAAGGAUAUACCGAAUGCCGUGGGCGCAAUGGCUAUUUCGCAAGAUCUCGGCAUGGUCAUCUUCCUUGCUAUGGCCGGUUCGAUCUAUCAGAACCUUGCCUUGCAAAAAGUGACGCAGGCAAUGCCCUCACUGAGUGCAACUGAGAUCACGAACCUCGUCGCUGGCACCAGUAGCCGGACGUACAAAGAACUGUCCGAGUCGGAGCGAGCCCUGGUGACGCCGCAGAUCACGGAGGCGAUGAGCAACGUGUGGUUGUUCUUCUUGGUGGCUGGGAUAAUGAGCUUCGUCCUGACUCCUCCUUUAUGGAAAACCAGGAUGAACGGGGCGAAUGCUGCUACUGGAGGGGCUUGA